UGUGCGGGGUUGUGGAUCUGCAGGUGUCUCGCUUGGGUGUGUGCGUGUGUCUGGCUCCGAGUUUGUGCUGGGGUCUGCAGGGAGUGGUGGUGUCAGUCCAGGGGAAUGUUGGGGCUGUGGCCCGUCGGGGUGUGCGUUUGAGUCCCCGUGUGUAUUCCUGAGGUUCUUCCUAUGUAUGCCGUGCCCAAGGGGUGGGUGCUGUUUAUGUGUGGUGUACCUGUGUGUGUGUGUGUGUGUGUGUGUGUGCGCUGUGUUAUGGGUGAGAGUUAUCUGUGUGUGCUGUUUGGGGGUGAUUCUAUGGGUCUGUGUUGCCUGCGUGUGCGCUCCAGUGGGUGGUUGGAGUGUUUGUGUGUUGCUUGAGUGGGCUGUGUUUGAGGGCUUAUAUGUGUGUGUCUUGCCCGAUGUGCUGUGUUUGUGUGUGCUUGUGUGUCUUGACUGUGUGUACUGUCUGUGACUGUCUGUGUAUAUCUCCAGGGCAUGUGUCUCCGCUAAGCAUUUGUGAUGGUGUGGCUGCUGAAAGCAACGUCUGUUUUCCUUCCAGGUGUGUGUGUGAAUUCUGUGGUGUGUGUGUGUGUGUGUGUGUGUGUGUGUGUGGUGUGGGGGUUGUCUCGGUCUGUGUUUGGCUUGUGUGUCUGGCAUCCGUGUCUGGGAAUUGAGGAUCUCAGCUCUGUGGGGUCUGUGCAGUGUAGUCAGUGGGUGUUGCUGGCAGCCUCUUAGAGUAUGGGGCUGUGUCUGAGCCUCUGUGUGUGUCUUGUGUGUGUGUGUGUGUGUUGGGUCUGAGGGGCUUGUCUCUGUGAUCGGCUGGCUCAUGUGUGUCAUGUGGGCUGCGUGUGUGUAGUGUUUAUGUCAGUCACGUGAGACCAGUGUUUUCUGUGGGUGCUUUAGGUGUGCGCGCCGCCAGGGCUGUGUGGGAUUAGAGUUAGCUGUGGUGUGUGCGUGUGCGUGUGUGUGUCCGGGGCUGACAGUUGGUGAUGGUGUUUCGAGGUUGGUGGAGGAGGGUGAGUUGAUGUCUGCUCUUCUGCGUCUGUGUGUCGUUGCCGGCGUGUGUGGAGAGGCGUCUGGGUCUGAUGACAUGUGUCUGUGUGUGCCUAAUUUGCAUGUGUCCUGGGGUCUGACAGAUGGGGACCAGAGGGCGUGUUUUGGUCGUGUCGGUCUGUGUGUGUCCAUGGAUGUCUGGGUGGUGUUGAUAUUUGUGUGGGUCCUGAGGUGUGCAGGUCUUACCUCUUGGGUAUGUAUGGGGGGAGGGGCAUGUGUGUUGAAGUGUGACAGUGCCUAUUUAGUGUGCUUCUGUGUCUGUGAUGGCUGCACUGUGUGUGUGUGUCCGUGGGCAUAUCAACAGUGGUCAGUUUGUAAGAUUCUGACAGUUGGUAUAUGUGUGGGGAUGGAGGGGGUUGUACCAGCCCAUCUGCAUUGUGUGUACACUCUUCUGAUGGUCUGUGUGUAUGUGUAUGUCCACGUUUUGGUCUGUGUGUGUGUGCCCUGUGUUGGGUCCCAGUAUCAGAGAGUGGGACCAUUUCUGUGCAAAUGGGAGGUGAGGUGGGAGGUCAGCCUGGCAAGUCCCGAGCGAGACCUUACAUAAGUGGCGUGUACCCUUCACACCCCUACCCUCCAGUAGUCCCUGCCAUUCGGGUCCUGCAUGAGUCCCUGUGUGUAGCCAGAAGUUAGCCCCACCGGCCCAUGCCCUGUGUGACUCCCAGGCUGGGCCCCAGGGAGCGCCAUGGCCCGAGCACGCCAGGAAGGCAGCUCCCCGGAGCCCGUAGAGGGCCUGGCCCGCGACGGUCCGCGCCCGUUUCCCCUCAGCCGCCUGGUGCCCUCGGCCGUGUCCUGCGGCCUCUGCGAGCCCGGCCUGCCCGCCGCCCCUGCUGCCCCUGCCCUGCUGCCCGCUGCCUACCUCUGCGCCCCCACCGCCCCGCCCGCCGUCACUGCCGCCCUGGGGGGCCCCCGCUGGCCUGGGGGUCCCCGCAGCCGGCCCCGAGGCCCGCGCCCCGACGGUCCUCAGCCCUCACUGUCGCCGGCGGAACAGCACCUGGAAUCGCCGGUGCCCAGCGCCCCGGGGGCCCUGGCGGGCGGUCCCACCCAAGCAGCCCCGGGAGUCCGGGGGGAGGAGGAGCAGUGGGCCCGGGAGAUCGGGGCCCAGCUGCGGCGGAUGGCGGACGACCUCAACGCGCUGUACCAGCGGCGGAGACAAGAGGAGCAGCAGCGACACCGCCCCUCACCCUGGAGGGUCCUGUACAAUCUCAUCAUGGGACUCCUGCCCUUACCCAGGGGCCGUGGAGCCCCGGAGAUGGAGCCCAAUUAGGUGCCUGCACCCGCCCGGUGGACAUCAGGGACUUGGGGGGCAGGACCCUCCCACCUCCUGAUGCCCUGGCCAGUGUGGGGGACUUUUUCUGCACCAUGUAGCAUA